AUGGGAGACGAAGAAGAAGAUCAAUUAGAUAUUGGUGUAUAUGAAGGUGAACGCGAUGAGGCUGGCCAGAGAAGUGGAUACGGUAAAAUGAUCUUCUCCAACGGCGAUAUUUACGAAGGAAUGUAUUUAAACGGCAUGAGAAAUGGCAAAGGCCGCUAUACAUGGAAGAAAGGAGGCAUGUACGAAGGAGAAUACGUAAAUCAUAAACGCCAAGGCUUUGGUAUUAUGCAUUAUCCAGACAAUUCAACAUAUCAAGGCAUUUGGUUCGAAAACUGGCGCCACGGCAAAGGUAUAUAUACAUAUCCAAAUGGUGAUACAUAUGAAGGCGAUUGGCAGUACGGUCGUCGCCACGGACACGGCGUUUAUACAGUUGUCUCCGAUGGCUCCGUUUUCGAGGGUGAAUACCGUCGUGGACGUCGCCAUGGCGUUAUGAAAUGGACAACAAAGCAUGGACUAGUAUAUACAGGCGUGUUCCAAAAUGAUCAGCCACUUGGCCGCGCUAAAUGGGAAGUCCAAGGCAAGACAAUUGCACAGCAUGGUGAAUAUGCACAGAUAGAUGGCGAAAUCGAGGAAGAAGAGGCAAAUGAAGAACAACCAGAAGAAGAUGUCCUCGAUGAAGUUGUUGAACCUGAAGAAGAGAAACCUAAGAAAGUUCUUACUAAGUGGAAGCCAGAUGUCGAGCUUAACAAUAACUUUGAUGAGCUUAAUACAAAACCAACUUGGUAUUUACGUGCUGUUGAAGAAUAA